AUGGUAAUAAAUAAGAUAAAGAUGGUUGCACUUCUUUUCGUGAAAUUGAAAAAGGUUAUGAAUGUACAAGAAAUAUUUAUUUAAAGAUUCCUGAAAAAAAAGUUGAUGUUAGUUUUACCAACUCAAGCUCUGAUAAUAAUUUAGUAAUAAAAAGUGAGAUUAAUUUUUUGAAUAUAUGCACUUUAAUCGAAAUCAACAUCAAUUUCUUUGAACCGCCUGAAUUUGAAUACAACUUAACAUAAUUUUAAAUAAAUGAAACAUCAGUAUACGGUUGCUAAAUUGACUUUGAAUUUCUUAAAACUAUUUCAGAGAUUAAUUUAAUUCAGUUAAUGAUACCAUUAUUUUAUUUUUAGAUGAAAUAAAAGAAAUUGUAAUAACACCCAGAAAAUUAAUAUUUUACAAUGUGGAAUUAAAAAUAAUAGUCCUAAUAAAUAGUCAGCGCUUCUAAUUAAUUCACAUUCAUCCUACAAUUAAUUGGACCUCUUACUAUCUUCUUUGGUGGAUUAGACCCUUUUUGGACUAUUUUGGAGAUUCUAACUUGGAUAAAUUAUUUCUAUUUUUAUAAUAUUGACUAUCCUCUUAAUGUUAAAUAAUUUUUCAAAUAAAUCUAAUGGGAUGAUAUUUUUGCCAUUCCAAAUUUGAUAGAACUGAAUAAACCUACAGAUUCUUAUUAUUUUGAAGCUCUCCAAAAUUUUCAGAAAAAGGUGUUAACCCACUAUUUAUAUGAAAUAUUUAAGUGUUUUGUAUUUUCUAUUGAUUUCUAUCUUAAGUUAUGCUUUAACUUCUUUUUAUAGUGAUGAUCUUUCAGAAGAAAUUAUCUACUACAACACAAUAAACACAUAAAAUUUAUAUUUACAAAAUUUGUUAUUAAUAAUAAAAUGUUGAAGAUAAAAAUUAUGCUUAAAAAAAAAUCAGGAUCAUUAUUAAUAAAAGCUUUAACAAAUUACCUAAAUCAUCAUUGUCACUUUAUUAAUUUAGUUGCGAUUAAAUUAUCACAAUGACCUAUAUUAACAAAAUUUAUAAUCAAAUUUAUUUUCAAUUGUUGAUUUAUUCAUCUUAGACAUUUUUAUGGCAAGCCUUUUAUAAAUUACUUGCAAUUAUAAUUUCGAUCAUUACAUCUUAAUAAUUAAUUUUGGAUUAGCCUUAUUUAAUUUGAUAUUUAUUUUUGUUCUCCUUCAAGUGUAUAUUCAUUGUAAUUCUAAGCAUACUCUCUUGUUAAAACAUACCAUUUAUCAACGUAACUUCUUUGCAAUCUACCAUUCAAUUAACUUUGAAAAUUCACAUGCCAAAAAAUAUUGUUAUUGGAAUAUUAUUAGAAAAGCAGCAUUUAUAUUUUCAAAUUUAUAUUUUUACGAGAAGUCUUUAUUAUAAACUAUUUUAUGUUGCAUAUCCUGUUCUAUAAAUUAAACAUUUCUACUUUUUGAAAAUCCCUUAAAGAUAAAAUAUCACUAUUCAAAAUAGGUGUACCUGAAUUUUCCAUAUUUUGUGUGA